AUGAGUCUUUAUCUCAGCAGUUGUGUCGCCAAUGCAGGCCCAGAUUAUUCUUCAUCAGCAUGGUUACCUGGUAGUGAGUCACUGUGGCAGGCCACAGCUGUUCCAUCCAACCAUCGAAAUAGCCACAUCAGGAGACAUAGUAUAGCUUCUGACAGUGGCGACACUGGCAUCGGAACUUCCUGUUCUGACAGCGUGGAAGAUCACUCAACUUCAAGUGGCACAUUAACUUUUAAGUCUAGUCGAUCAUUGGUUGCUCUUCCUACUGCCCAUGUCAUGCCGUCUCACUCCAGCGCUUCUGUUUCCAAACACAGGGAGUCAUUGACAUCAGAUGGCUCAAAAUGGACUACAAGCCUCCUGCACACAUUGGGAAGCCACAGUAAGGGGGAGCAGGACUCUUCACUAGACAUGAAGGACUUCCGGCCCCUCCGGAAAUGGUCAUCUUUAUCCAAACUCACUGCCCCGGAUAACUGCAGUCAGGGUGCUGCUGCAUACCCUGAAGAGUCGAGGAGUGGUCUGGAAAAGACAGGGAGAGGCAAGGCUUUAACAUCACAACCAAGGACGAUUGGGCCCAGCUGCUUACAUGAUAGCAUGGAGAUGCUUAAGCUAGAGGACAAGGAAAUAAAUAAAAAACGAUCAUCAACUCUGGACUGUAAAUACAAAUUUGAGAGCUGUAGCAAAGAGGAUUUUAGAGCUGCUUCUUCCACUCUUAGGAGACAGGCCUUGGACAUGACAUUUAGUGCCUUACCUGAAAGCAAGCCCAAUGUGACAAGUUCAGAGGCUUUUGAACCUCCAAAAUAUUUAAUGCUUGGUCAGCAGGCAGUAGGUGGAGUUCCCAUUCAGCCUUCUGUGAGGACACAGAUGUGGCUGACAGAGCAGUUGCGGACAAACCCUUUGGAAGGCAGGAGUACGGAAGACUCUUACAGUUUAGCUCCGUGGCAACAGCAGCAAAUUGAAGAGUUUCCACAAGAAAGUGAAACACCAAUGCAGGUUUUGGCUGGAUCAUCUCGUCAAAGUUAUUCACCUUCUGGCUAUCAGGAUUUCACAAAGUGGGAAUCAGUGUUGAAAAUAAAGGAAGGAUUGCUAAGGCAGAAAGAAAUUGUAAUUGAUCGGCAGAAGCAACAAAUUACCCACCUACACGAGCGGAUAAGGGAUAAUGAAUUACGGGCACAACAUGCCAUGUUAGGACACUAUGUAAAUUGUGGGGAUUCUUAUUUGUCUAGUUUGCAGCCACAAUAUGAGAGCACUGCACUCCAGACUCCAUUUUCAGAUCCGUCAGUGUCCAAUUCCCAGCAAGAGGAACUUGAGCAAAAGCUUGCAUCUACCGAGAAAGAGGUUUUACAGCUUAAUCAGUUUCUCAAACAAAGAAUAAGCCAAUUUAGUGAAGAGAAGAAGAAAUUAGAGGAAAAGCUUAAAACUAGAGAUAGAUACAUCAAUAGCCUGAAAAAGAAAUGCCAGAAGGAAUCUGAACAAAACAAAGAAAAGCAGAGAAGAAUUGAGACCUUGGAGAAGUAUCUGGCUGAUCUUCCAACUCUAGAUGAUGUCCAGAGUCAGAGUCUCCAGCUGCAGGUUCUAGAAGAAAAAAAUAAGAAUUUGCAAGAGACUUUGAUAGAUAUGGAGAAAAAGCUUGAAGAGAUGAAAAAACAGGGUCAAGACAAAGAGGCACAGUUAAUAUGCCAGAAAAAGAAAGAAAAGGAGUUGGUAACUACGGUUCAGAAUUUGCAGCAAAAGGUAGAAAGAUGCCUUGAAGAUGGAAUUCGCCUUCCUAUGCUAGAUGCAAAACAGCUUCAGACUGAAAAUGAUACCCUGAGAGAACAAAAUGAGAAUGCUAGUAAGAUAAUACACCGCCAACAAGAUGAGAUUAAUAGAAUGAUUUUAGAAAUUCAGUCUAUGCAAGGGAAACUUUCUGAAGAAAAGCUGACCACUCACAAGAUGAUGGAAGAGCUGGAUAAGAAAGAAAGAAGCCUGCAGAGAUUAACAAAAACAUUGCUUGAUAACCAAAGACACACAGAAGAGACAUGCUCUGUGUUGGAUGAGGGCCAGGAAGCAGACCAACCCAGGCAGCAGACGGUUCUUUCCAAACGACCACUCUUUGAUCUGAGUGUGAUUGACCAGCUGUUCAAGGAAAUGUCCUAUUGUUUGUUUGACUUGAAGGCAUUGUGCAGUAUUCUUAAUCAGCGUGCUCAGGGCAAGGAGCCAAAUCUUUCAUUAUUACUGGGAAUCAGAUCACUGAACUGUUCCGCUGAAGAGACGGAGAAUGACCACAGCCCAGAGACACUCACUAAAAAACUGUCCGAUGUCUGCCAGUUACGGAGGGACAUCGAUGAAUUGAGGACUACCAUCUCAGACCGCUAUGCUCAGGACAUGGGAGACAACUGCACUACUCAGUGAUCAAGUGCUAGUCCCACAGCAAUAAUGACCUGUUCUUUAAUGCUGCUGUGUUAGUCUUCACAUUUCUUUUUAGGAGCCAUGUUGGUCUACGGCCACACCACCCUGAACGCACCCAGUCUCGUCUGAUCGCUGAAGGUGCCAUGUUGGAAAGUUGCAAGUGACAUAUGACUUGCACAUAGGAUCUUUUUUCCGUGGAUUUCUUUUGUUGCUGGGAAAGGGGAUGUAAGGCGGUCUCAAAGGGCUUAUCUAAUCAGGACAAUCAAUCAAAUUACAAUUUGAAAAUGUGAUUAAGUAUAUAAGGGAAAAAAUUGUGUAUUCUCAAACUACUGAGGGUAGGACCAAGCUGUGAAGAGUGCCCUUCGGAUAAAGGGAGGAUUUCUUUUUAUCCUAUGUCUUUGUGUGAAUACGUUUGUGUGUGUGUGUGCGCAUGCAUGUGUGUUUAUUCAUAAAAUAGUAAGGAUUUCUAGGGUCAGAGCAAAGCUUCUGAGAAAGGCACGCACUUGUAUUUUUUUUUCUUUCAUGUAGAAGCUUGUGUUAGACUUUGGGGUUUCAAAGGCUGGCUGAGCAAGAGUUCCCACAGCAGGCAAGUGUUCUAAUAGUAGCACAGGGGGGCAAACCCGUUGUGUUUUGAACAGCUGCUGUGCCGAGAUGAUGAGGUGUAGGGUUGAGUUGGUUGUAGUACUGUAGAUAGGUCAACUUUUUUUCCAGAAGGAUUAUCGAUUGCCUUAAAGGUGUGAAAUUUUGAUGUGAUCUUUUUCACUAGCAUAGUAAAAUUACAUAAUAUAUAUCACAAGGCAAUUUAGCAUAAUUUGAACUAAUUUUGACAUGUUCCUUACUAUUUAUGGUUUCUACUUAUAUGUUAUAUACAUUUGUUUAAUGUAAGCAAAGCCAUAUAUAAUUAAUGCAGACCUUUUAAGGCCUCCCUUCAUUCUUGUAAAAGAUUAACAAAGUGACCCUAGAACAAUAGCCUAUUUAUCCAAAUCUCAAAUGUUUACAUUUUAACAGUUUCAUAUAUGUUUUAAAGUUGAAACUACUUUAAGAAAAAGCCAGCUUGUCCUCUUUAUAUUUGAAUCAUCACAAGCAGAAAACAAAAUUUAAAUUAGGUGAUAUUUCAAUUCCUUUUAUUAGGUAGGUACAUUAAAAACGCGUUUUCAUAGAAUACAGACUUGGUCAGGUUAGUUCUACUGGAGUACAUGCUGUCACUAAGAAAUGGAACUGUUAUUUAAGUAGACAUGCAAUCAGUUAAACUUCCAAACGACUAUUUCCCUGUUUUAGUUGGUAAUGCGGAAGGACUAUAUAUUCUAUUUCCUUGAGAGCGUUCAUUACGUUGUUUUGAAUAUACUUUGUUAUGACAGUCAUUGUCCUUUAUAAGUCGGUGUGUUUUCUUUGAUGCAGCUAAGUCUCAUUAAGUCAAGACAUAAGAGGUAGACAGAAUAAGGGGUGUGAGUCAAGCAAGAUAAGAGCAGAUCACAUGUCUGUUUUCUUGCCAGGCUAUAUCCUGGUAUAAAGGCUGCUCCCGGAAGAGAUUCUUCUUAAAUAUUUUCAGCAGUGAAAACACGGUGUAAGGCCUUGAAGAAGACUGCCCAGUUCAGCAUUUGGUUCACGUACAGCUCUCAAUAAGUUACUUUUAGUUAUAUUGCAGCAGUCAAUUAUAACACAUGGUGAGAGCAUCAGACUUCCCUCUGUUCAGUGCCUGAGUCCUCUCUCCUCUUCUUAGUUCUUAGGAUCUGGACACUAAGAAAUCAGUGCACGGUAGUGAUUCUGUAUCCCAAGGCCCCUAGCCCUAGUAAGGAGGGACUGAGCACUAGUAAGAACUUGGCUUUCUCAUGUGUUCAUUUGCUUUCUAAUGUUGGUGGGUUGAGGAUAUUCAGAGAGUAGUAAAUUUGUGCCCAAAAUCUGAGGCAAAGAAUUCUGCCUUGUAAAAAUUAAUAUCUAUAAAAAUGACCCUUUAUAGUAAAGUAGGAAGGAGCAUCUAAAUGAAGCAUGUAUUUUGAUAUUCUUUUUUAAUAGAAUCCCCACCCCCCACCCCAACCUUCACAAUUUUGGAAAUUAAGGCACCCUAAAAUAUAGUACUAACGGGCAAAUAAUCACUGAUUUACCUGGGUCACUAGGUUCUUACUUAAAUAUUUCCUAGUUUUUCAGUGUAUGUUUGGGGGAUUUUAUGGUUAUUAUUGUUUUAAACAAACUUUUGGUCAUUUGUUUUAAUCUAUUAUAGAUACAUUUUGUUUGUGGCUUAGUUGGGAUAAAAUACUUUAUUUUUUAAAAUAAGUUUUCUGAAACUUUUAUAGAAUUGCACCUAAUUCAUAAGUCUUGAGGUCAAAAAAAAUUUAACUUAGUAGGAAAUUAACAAAUUACUGCUUAUAUAUUUCACUUUCCAAAAUGUAUAUACUCCAUUAAAAAAAGGAAAUUAAGAUGUGAUAGUUUAAGUAUAGCCUUGAAUUGCAAAAUGUAAUCUCUUGGAGUCUGGAGUUGGUGAAAGGACAUAGAUAAGUGGUUGGCCUUGGAGGGUAUUUUGGGAGAAAAUCGAACUAGUAAUAGAUUAAUUCAUCAGUAUUUAAAUUUGAUUUUCAUUUUUCAGAAAAUGCCCGUUCCCAAGACAAUUUCUUGUGUCAGUUUGAAUGAGGUACUCUUGGAAGUUAUUACAGUGAUAUAGGUCUGAGGUGAAAAGUAACCUAAUUUUAAAGUAAAUCUAUUUGAAAAAUUCCUUAGAUACGAAAACUUUUAAAUUAUGCUUUUGUGAUUAAAUGCUUGUCUUCUAAGGAAGUAUUUUAUGCAUUAUCAAAAUUUACUCUUAGUCUUCCGGGUUUUGAAGUUGAACUCAUUCGGCCUCAGUCACAUUAAAGCAGAGAUAAAGUAACAGUGGUCUCAAUAAAAUACCCAAAUUACCUGUGCAGAUCAAAGGCACAAUGGUUGUCUUUUCAUUUGAGGUCAGGAAAAAAGGAUGGCUCUAGUUAAUUGUUAGUAAAUUUGCAGUGGUCUUUCAUUUUAAAAAGCCUCAGUGAAUUGAUUAGAUAUUUUCAUGCCUGAACUUUUCUUUUAAGAAGUGUGGCCCUGUUUUAUAUUUGAAAUAGGAUUCAAUAUUUAAUGUUAACAAUAUUAUAUUUUAGUGAAAUUUAUUUUGGUUAUGACAGUGCAGUGAUUAAACUGAAUUAGAUUUCUUUUAGUAGUUUGUUAGGGACAAUCUCAAGGGCUAGGAAGUGUUGCUAAAAUAGAUAUUGUACAUUUAUGACUUAUGAAUAAGCUUAUAAAUUAAUGUUGUGAUAGUUCAAGACUUAUAAAUAUGAAUCUCUUGGAGGGUAUUUUUAAAGGAACUACUUUAUUGGGAAAACAUUUUUUCAAUAUCAGUCAUAGUUCAUUGAAUAGCAGCUGAGAACUUGGACUGUGGUUUUACAUAGCACAGUUCAGCUCAGCCAUACCUUUAGUUUGGAUUAUUGGCAUCCUCUUACAUAGAUCUCUAUCAUUGUAGAUAUGUAAUUACAGUAAUAAGCAGUUCUCAUAACCAUGCUCACUUAGACCGUAUCACUUGAAACUGCCAGUGGCUGUAGCUCUCUGAGCCAAAGCUAAUUCACUUCAUUUCCAUUCUUAAUUCUUUUCAGUACUCACAAAGCAAGAAAAACUAUUUGUUUGGUAUAUAGAGUAUAAUUUCCAAAUUCACCCCAAAAUGCCAUGGUAGUAUAUUGCUGUAUGGUAAUAUUAUACAUUUAAUAAUAUUUAAUCAUGAAGGGGAGAGACUUUGGAUUUUUUUUCUUAUUUAAAGGAAGUAUUGAGUAAAUUAGGAGUGUAUUUUCAAUUCAGUAAGUCAUUAACACUCUUGCAGCUGCAUACAGAGAGAACCUUUCGUGCCUUUUUGCCUGCAGUAAGCAUUCAUUUCUAUUUUACAAGAGCUAUAAGAAUGUUGAUGACUAUCGCACCUUGUUAGACUCAUUAACGAUUUUUUUAAAGCAAGGAGCAGUUUUUCAUUACUAGGUAGAUAACUUAGUAAACAUGACAGGAGGUGUCGGAUAUAUAUCUUUGGAACCCAGCCUUUUCCCCAUAUUGUGAGCAAGAAACUCCUUUGGAAUGUCGUGUGUGAAUGCGUGUGUACAUAUAUGUAUAAAUAGUUAUUUAAAUAUAUAAACAUAAAAUUCAACAUCACGCUGGUGUGAUGGCAAGAGUGGUAAGGUGCUAGGUGGUCACAUGAGAAGCACAGCAGAGUGUAUAAUCAGUCACUAUGGCUGGUGGUUUUUGUAAACUAGGUUCAGUUUUGAACCACCCAGAAUACCUCAUGUGUAAAUACAGUGGUCAUGACUUAAUUGAAAUACAGUCCUUGUAAAAAGAAUGUGAAGCCGCUGGUUGGCUUAUGCCUUCUGAUCUGUCAUUCUUGCCUCUUUUUUGUAAAGGGGCUGUUUUUCUGUUUGUUUUGUUUUUUAAUAGGGUUUACAGCUAGAAUUUUGAAUGCCAAAGUUCUAUUUAUUAAAUUUUUAAAAAAGUUUUCAAUGUUAAUGGCUAAGUAUUUUUCCACUGGAUUAUUGUUUGUUGAUGUUGGACUUUGUAUUUACAGAGAAAUAAAAUUUUUACUAAAAGAU